AUGUGGCCUCCCGUGCUGCUCUCCCUGCUAGGCUACCUCGUGGUUUCCAGUGGCGCCUGCAUCCUGGGGCACUCCGUGGCUCGACUGCUCCACAAGGGGGGCCUGGAGUACUUCAGGGCUACAGCCCCGCCGACUGGGAGGGUGUGCCUGGCUUACUUCGAGAGCAAGUUCAACCCCUUGGCGGUGUACGAGAAUGCGCAGGACUUUGGCUUCUUCCAGAUCCAAGACCGCAAGUGGUGUGCGCCGGGCAGGAACCUCUGCCAUGUGGCCUGCUCAGAUUCACUGAAUCUUAAUUUAAAGGACACAAUCAGAUGUGCCAGGAAAAUUGUGCAGGGAAAGACGGGGUGCGAGCCUGGUGACUGGGGCCUCUCCGCUUGCUGGCGUUGGCCCAGCUGGUCCCUGUACUGCCGAUUCUCUGACUCCCUGGAGCGGUGGCUGGACGGCUGCAAGCUGUAG